ACAGCUACAUUCCUUGUUUUCAUCGCCCCCAUAUUGCCACCUUUUCUUUUCAUUCUCUUUAAUUCACCUCAAUUAGAUCGCCACCCUUUUCUCAGUAUCUCCGCCCCGGCUCUCUGCCUCAUAUUUUUUUUUCACUUGUAUAAAUUUUCUCAUCUACUCCCCACCGUUUUUCCUAUCUGCCCACCCAUCGUUACUGGCAUUUCCUUUCCAUUUGCUUAAAAUCUCUGCAGACAGAGACGAAUAAAAGUGGACAAUGGCGGCCAUGUUGCACACAAUUGGAGUUGCUUCACCAGUAGCUUCAGGAGGGGUCUUCCCUGAUCAUCAAUCUAAUAAAUUUGCUGUUUCCUCGCUGCAUUCACUCCCAGUGAUUAGAUCUGAGGCCAGGUCGAAUUUGAGCUCAUUACAUGAAAGCUACAGAGCAGGAAAAUUAAUUGCUAAAGCAGUUGCAACAAAGGGUGAGAAUGCUGCUGCUUCGGGUGCUUCGAAACCUGGGCAUGAAUUGCUGCUAUUUGAAGCCCUUAGAGAAGGACUGGAGGAAGAAAUGGAAAGAGAUCCUCGAGUUUGUGUCAUGGGUGAAGAUGUAGGUCACUAUGGCGGCUCAUACAAGGUCACUAAAGGUCUUGCACCUAAAUUUGGAGAUUUAAGGGUGCUUGACACACCCAUAGCUGAAAACUCUUUCACAGGCAUGGGUAUUGGGGCUGCAAUGACUGGCCUAAGACCAGUCAUAGAGGGCAUGAAUAUGGGAUUUCUACUGUUGGCUUUCAACCAGAUAUCUGACAAUUGUGGCAUGCUUCACUACACAUCUGGUGGUCAAUUCACCAUUCCAGCUGUGAUACGGGGGCCCGGAGGCGUAGGGCGCCAACUUGGGGCAGAGCACUCUCAAAGGCUUGAGUCUUACUUUCAGUCAAUUCCUGGAAUCCAGCUGGUUGCUUGCUCAACCCCUUACAAUGCAAAGGGGCUUAUGAAGGCUGCCAUUCGUAGUGAGAAUCCUGUGGUUCUGUUUGAGCAUGUGCUUCUCUACAACCUCAAGGAAAGAAUUCCUGAUGAAGAAUAUGUACUCAAUCUGGAAGAGGCAGAGAUGGUAAGGCCUGGUGAGCAUGUAACAAUACUAACCUACUCACGGAUGAGGUACCAUGUAAUGCAAGCCGUUAAAACACUGGUCAACAAAGGAUAUGAUCCUGAGGUCAUUGAUAUUAGAUCCUUGAAACCAUUUGAUCUUUACACCAUUGGAAACUCUGUGAAGAAAACUCAUCGCGUGCUUAUAGUUGAGGAAUGCAUGCGGACAGGUGGUAUUGGAGCCAGCCUGACAGCUGCAAUAAAUGAGAAUUUCCAUGAUUAUUUGGAUGCACAAAUUAUUUGCCUGUCCUCCCAGGAUGUUCCAACUCCUUAUGCCGGUACAUUGGAGGAAUGGACCUUGGUUCAACCGCCACAGAUUGUGGCUGCUGUUGAGCAGCUCUGCCAGUAGCAUCUGCCACAGCAAUGGCGGGAUUAGUUGCAACUAAGGUCUUCCUUCACACAAAAUAUCCAGUCCUUGAUGGCAUUGAUUUCUUUAUUUACUUUGUAACUGAAUAUUAUUUUCUUUUUACUGUUUUAGUCGGUUCCAGUUUUGGGCUAGUGGCUAUUUGUUGGGUAUCAAAAUUGCAAAGAAAGUGAGUAUUGUGAUGACAUCUGUUCUCAGACAAAAUUUUAACUUAAGCAUGUUCAACCUGAAAGUAACCUGCAUAUGUUCUGAUUGA